GGCCAACCAUCGCGGAAGGGCCGACGCCAGUUGCAUGUCGACCAUCUCGCUCCCCGACCUCGAGCGUGCGAUCGUCUUCGCCUUCCAGUACGCGGACGCGCCGCUGGCCGACGGUACCGCGCAGAAGAUCAAGGCCGAUGCAGAGAUGUACUGCCAGCACGCCAAGCAGACGAGCUACGCGCCGUUCUUGUCGCUGUUCCAAACCUCGAGCCACGAGCAAGUCAAAUUCUACGCCCUCCAGGCGCUCCAAGAGUACUUGAGCCCACGCGGCGCCGCCUAUCCCGCACUCUCGGACGCGAUGGUGCUCGCAAUCCGGUCUGACUUGCUCCAAUGGCUCCAGACCCAGCGCGAGCUGCCCGCGUACCUCAAGACAAAGCUCGCGGUGGUCAUUACGCUCUUGGUGCGGCGGGACUACCCGGAGCGCUGGCCCAGCGCGUUCCACGACCUCCUCUCGCUCUUGCCGCUUGGACCGUUCAUGGUCGAAAUGUACUUUCGCAUCUUGAUUGCAAUCUACGAAGAAAUCGUCGAGUUUGACGCGCAGCGGUCGACGAUCGACGCCGACCACAACAUGCGCAUCAAGGAUGCGAUGCGGGAGGGGCCGACGGCGUGCAUUGCACCGUCCUUCGAUGUGAUCCACAACGUCCUCAGCGCCUAUGUGCCCGGCGACAAUCAGCUGCUCACACUCGCGAUCGGUGCGCUCGAGACGCUGGAAAAGUACAUCUCGUGGGUCGACAUUGGCCUCGUGCUGCGUUUCGUGCCAACGCUCUUCCACGCGCUCGCCCACCUCGAGGACCUUCGCUGCAAGGCCGCCAACUGCGUCUACGAGAUCAUCGCCAAGGGCAUGCUCCCCGACAAGAAGCUCGCGCUCUUUACGAGCCUCGAGCUCAUCCCGCUGCUUACGACCCUGCAGCCGAUUCUGGACGAGGAUGCGGACUUUUGCGAAGAAGUCGGCGAAGUCAUCAACGGCAUGGGCCUCGAGCUCAUCACGUGCAUCGACACGUUUCGCCAAACCAACGAGACGGCCUUGUACCAGCAAGCAUCCGCCUUCAUGGCGACCCUCAUGCCGCUCACGUGGUUCCUCUUUGCCCAUGAAGUCACCGACGUGUCGCAAGAGGUCUUUGAACUCGUCAACGCCAUGGGCAGUCUGCUCCGGUCCGAGUCAAGCGCCGAUCUCUUCACACCGUCGCUGUAUCUGCCGCAGUGGCUGCAUGGCAUUUCGCGCCAAAUCCGAUUUCCCGACGAAGACGAUGAAGUCGAUGAGUCGGAGUUUGAGACGUACCGCCGCCAGCUCUUGGCGAUCUUCGUCAACCUUGCCCGCCUUCGCCCUGACGUCGUGCUCCAGUACCUUGGCACGCUCGUGACCGAGUCGCUCUCGCAGCUGUCGACGGGCUCGCUCUCAGACCGCGACCUCGAGGCGUGCCUCUCCCUCGUGCACCGCUUCAAGGAAGGCUUGACCACGAUCAAGGGCCCGCACAACUAUGACGACGAGCAAGGCCCGCUGCUGCAGAUGGUCCUCGCCCUGCACCACACGAUGCUGCACUUGCAUUCGUUUGGCGCAAUGGAGCACCGCCCGCUCAUCAUGUACUAUGAGCUCUGCGUGCGCUAUUCGCCGCUCAUGCGCACGCACCCCGAGCUCCUGCGUCUCUUGCUCUCGCACAUCUUUGGCGCCGGCGGCGUGGGUCACCGCCACGGUACGCUGCGGUCGCGCGCCUGCUACCUCGUGCUGCGACUGCUCAAGUCGCUCGGCGCCAGCGUCCACCCGCACAUGGCGCAGCUGCUUCAAGCCAUCGAGCCGCACUUGGUCGUUGUGCCCGAGGCGUCGUCGGCGCUGGCGUGGGCCGACCAGCUGUACCUCUUUGAGCUCACGGGGUUCCUCGUCGGGUCGCUUCCGUUCAACGAUACGAAGCGCCAGUACGCACAGAUUGUCCUUGGGCCGCAACUGCAGCUCCUCGACCAGUGCUUAAAUGCACCGUCGAGCGACGAACUCGAGCUGCACAUGUCGCACGUGCUCAACGCGAUCGGGCAUCUGCUCAAGGGUUUCAAGGGGAAGACGUCGCUGCCGCAGCAAGCCGAGGUGUUUCCGACGGUCCUCGCCGCCGCCGCGCGCGUGCUACUGGCCUACCCCCGGUCGCUCCCUGUUCGUUCCAAGGUCAUCUUUACGCUGCAUCGUAUGGUGACCUUGCUCGAGCCCGAUGCGUUCUGUGACCGGAGCGACCUGCUGCUUGUGCUCAUGGAGCACUGCGACCCGAGCGACGUGAUCGAGGUCGUCCAGCUGCUCAACCAGCUCGUGAUUACGUACAAGACCGUGCCGGCGUUCGUGGCGCUUGUCGAGGCGACGGUCAUUCCGUUCUUGACGCACCUCGGGGCGCUCUUGGCGUCGGACCUCGCGCCCGAAGACCGGUCGACGGUGCAGAAGCACAUGUACUCGUACUUGAUGCACCUCGCGCAGCACCGCAUCGCGACGGUGUUUGUCUCGGCGCGCAACAUCGCGUCGUUUGGCCAAGUGUUGCAGCUCGUCCUCGAUGGUUUCAACUUGGAAUUGCACGUGGUUCGCGCCGCCGCGACGAUUGUCGAGCACUUCAUUCUGCUCUGGUUCGACUCGGAUGGCGAUAAUAUGCCGCAGCGCGACGUCGUCGGCACCUUUCUUCUGCGGGACGUCGUGCCGGCCAUGUUUGGCGUCAUCCAGCACCAAGAUAUGAACGUCAACGACAUGGCGGCGCACUCGGCGAUCAAGGACAUUGCCAAGUGCCAAGUGCUUUUGCUCGAGUCGCCGCUCCAGGAACAGUUUCUGGCGACCCUCAUGGCGUACCUCGCGUCCGCGGGCGUGCCCCCCGCGAUUGUGCAAGGCUACGGCGACGCUGUCCAGUCCCACGAUGUGGCCGUCAUCACCAAGGCGUACAAGGCGCUCGUCCAGGCCAGCCGGGGGGGCUAACUCGGACGACAGGUUCGUCGUCGUGCUGCUGCAAUCACCGCCGCAUUUUGCUAAUCUACAACCACAUUCUGUCUUCGAG